AUGGCUCCCUCCGACUCCUACGACCUUGACACAUACUUCUCUCCCAUAACCUCCGCAGUAACUCCUGCAGACCCCUCAUACACUUCCUGGCACCCGAACCCAGACUUCGACAUGAUUUCCAAAGCCGAAUUGUCGCUCACCACCCACACCCAGAUGUCCAACAUCCUCACCCCCCGCUGCCAAUGCAUCAAGACCGCCAUCUCCGCGCUCGAAGACACCCCAGCCUUAGCCGACAUCAUUGCGCCCUCAGUCGUCGAGUACACCCUCGCAGCCUACAAGAGGACGCUUGCAACGUACGAAGCAGUGCUACGAUGCAAGCGCUGCAGUACAUCUACGUCUGCGACAGUAACAGCACUGGUUGUCGGCGACGAAUUGGUGACAUCUCUCUCGCGGCUGCGUCUCGCGGUCGGAUCGUGGCUCGACAACGCGGCUCACUCUCCGUCUCGCUCUCAACAUUCAGACAUUUCUAGUGAAGAUGUCCCGCUGUUGCUAGUCAGCGACGACCUUUCCACCCGUCGCAUAGCAGUCGGAGCAUAUUCCGUCGAUUCGCAGAAGGAGUGGGCGAGCAUCAUUUCUGCGCUGAUUGAGAUGCUGCUUGCGAGGUUGGAGAGGGUGCUCGUGUUGGUUCGAGCGAGGAUCGAGAAGGGGGAGGGGGAAGGGGAGUUUCGCGUUAUGGUUGUUAGGAAAUUGGAGGAGAAGGUGAGGGAUGUGAUGGGGAGGGGCGAGACGGGGAAGUCUUGCGGAAGGGACGCGGUGUUUUUGGAUGGACUAGCUGGACCUGUACGGCUGUGA